AUGAUAAUGGUUCACUUGGUGAGGAAGUGCCCCGUAGCAUUUGCGCUGUAUUUCGGGUGUAUUGCACUCUGUUAUCCGGUUUUAGCACAAGAUGUGGCAGAGAUCUUAGAUGUAUCAUCAGCGGGCAACCUCGGCGGUGAGUCAAAUGUCAGUUGCAGUGUAUCACCCAGUGAAGUGGAUGUGCAAUGGCAGUUUAAUGGGGAAUCACUCAAGAUUGGUGAAAGGAUAAAACAGUACUCGGAGGAACGGCUCCUUCACAAAAAGGAUCUAGAUGGCAAUCAAAAGAAAUACAAAGUCGUAAACGUGACGAUUACAAACUCGACAUCCGAUGACGAUGGCAACUACACGUGUAUCGCGACGUCGGGGGACAAGAAGUCUGAAAAGGUGGUUCGCCUAGACCUCAGUUUCCCCGGAAAACUGGUCCGCAACACGCCCGGUCCGAUCAAGCAAAAUGUGUCCAGUCAAGCUAACGUUACCUUGGAGUGUGUUUUUGAAGUGUACAAAACCACAGAAGUGAAAUGGUGGAAGCAGGGUAAAGACGACGAGAUUACAGACCUCACAGUGAAGCCGCCAACUAAAUUAAGUCUCAAGGAAAUCCAGAGUACAUAUAACCUGCACAUUCAUAACCCAGAAGACAACGGCACCUACAUCUGCCAGAUUUUUGAUCCUGUGACGUCAUUAAAUAUCUCCGGACACGUUGACAUCAUAGUCUUUGCCCCGCCUCAAGUGGUGAUAGACACGGUGAUCCCAAUAAGCGCCUCGCAACUGUUUCUGAACUGGACAGUCAGGUCUUAUAAUUCGCCAAUCAGAUUUUACAAUUUAAUGUACCGGAAGCUACCUUCUACAGACUUCAGUCUCUACACCAGGGAGAAAAUAGGUGUGAAAAACAUAUCAUUCGUCAUGGAAGGCUUGGAGAAGUCCACGAAAUACCAGCUGAAGCUGGAAGUGACCACGAUGCACGGGCAAAGCAAGCCACACAUCUACGAAUCGACUGUCCGGACCUUGGAUAAAGAUCCCAUUUUCGUCCCCAACAUUUCGAUAAAUGGAUUCUCUGCUACCUCCGUCACUAUUGGCUGGGCCCCACCGCCGGAGGAUAUAGCUGAAUUAAUUCAUUAUUACUUGUUGGAGGCGAGGAAGAUGGAUGAAGUGGCUCCCAGGAGGGCCUACCACUCCAGGGACAGUCGCAAUUUACCAUAUAUGUUUGAUAACUUGGAGCCGCACAGUACUUAUGUUUUUCGGGUAUGCGCUUGCUCGGACUUUACGAAGCGCUGCGGCAACUGGUCUGGAGAAAUGCAGGCCGCGACCCUAGACGGUAUCCCCGGGCGACCCAGUAAUGUGUCGGUGCACUGUGCGAGUAGCUGGAUAAACCUCACUUGGCAGCCACCCCUCAAACCCAACGCUGAGAUUAAAGGAUAUACCAUGGAGCUAACUGGUAACGCCACGUACAGAGACAGAUAUGGCACGGACAAAGUAUCUAUGUGGGGUCCACUUACAAAAUUUAAAACCAAUGAUUCUAGGAGUGUAAGAUUUGAAGAUCUCCAACCGAACACUAACUAUACCGUACGUUUGAGUGCAAUGACGAGAACUCGAAGAAGGGGUGAAGAAGAAACACGAUAUUGCUACACUGAACCGACAUCACCUGAUUCGCCUCCGAGGCCUAAAUGGCGGAAGAAAACGACAGAUAUAUGUUCACUAUGUAUCUGCCGCGGAUAUCAGAAAGAAAUGGACCGAUUUGUUGUUACAGGGUAUAUAUGGUCAGAUUAUUACCACAUUCCGAUUGGUCGAAUUUGCCCCCCUGCGAGGGAUAUCAGUGUACUACAGUAUGAAGAGGCACAUGCCGUACAACCCACCCUCGGCGCCUACAUCACUGAUGUAUUUUCUAAUGAUAGGUUCCCACCCGACUCGGAAGUAAUCCUCGGAGACGGAAAAUCGAUUUUUGACAAAGAAGACCCUGGGAUCACCCGUCCAUCUUGUAAACGCUGUUUACGCAAACCGCGCCGACCAUAUGACUUUCCAGUACCACCACAAAAACCGACCACGACGACCGCUAUACCCACUACAAGGGAUGAUCUGUUUGAAGAGGAAAUUGACACGACUGCUGAUCCGGAGAUUGAAGUUGAGGAGAAGAGGGAGAGACGGUCUUAUGUCGAUGUUGAUAGGGACUAUAUGAAAAACCCGAUGAUGAUGGAUAAGUUAGUUGAUGAAGAGCAAGACUGGGAGGAAGUAAUCGUGAAGGACGGUCUUCUAGAUCCCGCUGCCAAUUAUACGCUAUUCGUAGAGUUGAUACCUGGCAACGACCAAGAUGAGCCCAUAUACAGCGAAUAUGUUAAUGUUUUAAUGCCGGCCGCUACCCCACGACCCUCGACCCACAAUGCUACACUCGAAAUUGCACUACUGAUAAUAUGCGCUAUAGCCGGUCUGGUGGUAGCAGUGAUGGUAGGUGUGUGCGUGGUGCAAAGGCGUUCGUCUCGCAAACUACCACCGCAUCCCCACCAGCACGCUCAUCUUGAGAUGAAUCCCAUUCAGGCUGCAUUAAGGUAUGUUGUCGGUCACAUCGGUCGUCAGACAACCGGCAGCGCCACGCCCCCCGACUUGCCACCAAUACCGCGCGAGCAGCUUCCAGCCGCAUACGCUGAAAGGCAAGCUGAUUCGGACUAUGGCUUCCAAAAGGAAUUCGAGUUGUUGCAGAUGUUACCCGAGUGUUUCCCGGAUAGAACGAGCCACGCGUCCGAGGCUCGCGAGAAUCAACCGAAAAACAGAUACCCGGAUAUAAAGGCGUACGACCAAACCCGGGUGAAGCUCAGUCAAGUUGACGGAAUCAGCGGGAGUGAUUAUAUCAACGCCAACUACGUUAUGGGAUACAAAGAGCGCAAGAAAUUCAUCUGCGCCCAAGGUCCAACCGAAACCACAGUUAAUGACUUCUGGCGCAUGAUCUGGGAGCACGGGUUAGAGCUGAUCGUGAUGCUGACGAACCUCGAAGAGUACUCCAAAGUGAAGUGCAGCAAAUACUGGCCCGACGAAGUGCGAGGGACACGCGCCUUUGGGAACAUCACAGUGCAUCAUGUGUCUGAGAAGCGGUAUUCCGAUUACAUCGUAAGGGAACUAAGGAUAUCGAAACAGCCGCUGAAUUCUGAUGGACAACCAAUUGUCGAGAAUAAUGGUGUCGCCAAACGCAAUGGAGACUGUGGCAUGGGUGAGCUGAGUGCCCCAACGUCACCGCAAACGAAGGGCGAGAGUCGUCUCGUGCGCCAGUACCACUUCCUGAUGUGGAAAGACUUUGCUGCGCCCGAGCAUCCACACUCAAUACUCAAAUUUAUCAAGCGCGUGAAUGAGGCGUGGUCGGUCGCGGUAUCCAGAGAGGUCGUAGUUCACUGCUCGGCCGGUGUCGGACGAACCGGGACACUAGUUGCUUUAGACUGCCUGCUUGAGCAAUUGCGCGACACCAACUCGGUGUCUGUUUUCAACUGUGUCGCCGAAUUACGCUCGCAGAGAAAUUUCCUCGUACAAUCAUUGAAACAAUACGUGUUCGUCUACCGAGCGCUAGUGGAGUACGCGCAUUUCGGCGACACGGAAAUCCCAGCUUCGAGGCUGAAGAGCGCCAUCGACAGACUGCGGAAUACUCCCGAAGGAAGCGACAAGAGCUUGAUGGAAAUGGAAUUUGAGAAAUUGAUCCGUGCGCCCGUGAUCGAGAGUGCAAAAUCGUGCGCGGCCGGCGGCGGGGAGGAGGUGAGAUCGAGGAAUAGGUCUGUGGAGUGUCUCCCGUAUGACAGGAACCGCGUAAUUCUGGCACCACUGCCCGGACGGGACUACUCGACUUACAUAAACGCGUCGUUCAUUGAAGGUUACGACAAUUCUGAAGGUUUCAUAAUCACGCAAGACCCGCUGCCCAAUACCAUCAUGGACUUCUGGCGAAUGGUCUCCGAGCACAAUGUCUCCACCAUUGUCAUGCUCAGUGAGUUGGGUGAAGGCAAGUGUCCCCGGUACUGGGACGACGGCACGGUACAAUACGAACACAUUUCCGUCGAGUACGAAGAGAGCGAAUCGUGUCCGUACUACACGCGCAGACAUUUUACUGUUACGAAUAAUAAGAGUGGCGACUGGUGUGCGGUGCGGCAACUGCAGUAUCACGGCUGGCCGACGGCCGCCGGCCACGUACCCGAAGUGACCCGGGGGCUCUGCGAGCUGGCUGAACGCGCCGCGCCCUGCGACCCCGCGGACAACAACACGAGGCCUGUACUCGUCCAUUGCCAGUACGGCACUGAACGGUCAGCACUAUUCGUCGCGCUGUGCAUCCUAACGUGGCAACUCCGCGUGGAACGACGCGUCGACGUAAGCGCAGUCGCCAGGAAGUUACGCUCGCAGCGCACAAACACCAUUGACACCGUGCUCCAAUAUGAAUUCCUCCACCGUGCCAUACUGAACUACGCGGAGCUUCAUAAUCUACUGGACGACAGCUAA